AUUGAAAUGAACGAMAAGUACAGAAACCAGACCUGCGGACUGUGUGGUGACUUCAAUGAAGUCCAAACAUACAACGAGUUCAUCAUCAAUGGUGGGAAACUCUCUAGCUCUGACUAUGGAAACCUCUGGAAACUGGAUGGUCCUCUGGAAGUCUGUGAGGAGCCUACGCUAACUUCUGAGGAGAGUUGUGGAGAUGAGGAAUUUUGUCAGCAGCUGUUCUCCAGUGCAGCUUUCAGUAGCUGCACUAAUUAUUUGGACAAGGACGCCUUCGUCGAGACCUGCCUGGCUGACCUGUGCCACUGUGAUAACAGCACCAACUCCUUCUGCCUGUGCAACACRAUCUCAGAGUACUCCCGUCAGUGUGUUCARGCAGGGGGGAAGCCCCAGCAAUGGAGGACUGAACAGUUCUGCUAUAAGACAUGCCCCUACAACAUGGAGUACCAGGAGUGUGGAAGCCCCUGUGUUGACACCUGCUCCAACCCAGAGGCCAGCCYGUUGUGUGAAGACCACUGUACAGGCGGCUGCUUCUGUCCUCUAGGUACUGUUUUUGAUGAUGUCAACAACAGUGGCUGUAUUCCAGUGAGCGAAUGCAUUUGUGUCCACAAUGGACAAGUAUACAAAUCUGGAGAAUCUUACACCAGCAACUGUAAAGAAUGCUCCUGUGCUGGCGGUCAGUGGACCUGCACGGACAAGGACUGUCCUGGGACCUGCUCUGUGGAGGGAGGAUCCCACAUCAACACCUAUGAUGGGAAAGCCUACACCUUCCAUGGGGACUGCUCUUACAUUCUGACCAAGCAAUGCAAUGGAACUGAAUUCACCGUGCUGGGAGAUAUUGUGAAGUGUGGAUUGACUGACACUGAGACGUGUAUGAGGGCUGUUACCCUUGCCCUCUCCAGCAGAUCCACCGUGAUCCGAGUCCAGUCAUGUGGAAGUGUUUUUGUAAAUCAGAUUCUUUCUCAGCUCCCACUCUAUACAGCUGAAGUGACCGUCUUCAAGCCCUCCUCAUUCUACAUUGUUAUCCAGACAACUCUUGGAGUUCAACUUCAGAUCCAGCUUUCACCAGUUAUGCAGAUCUACAUAACUGCCAUCUCAUCCUACAAAGGAACAACCUGUGGCCUUUGCGGAAACUACAAUGAUGUUCAGGCAGAUGAGUUCAGAGUCAUCAGUGGAUUGGUGGAGGGCACAGCUGUAGCUUUUGCCAACACAUGGAAGACCAUGUCUAGCUGCCCUGAUGUCAAGACUAGCUUUGAAAACCCCUGCAGUUUGAGCAUUGAAAAUGAGAAAUAUGCCCAGCACUGGUGUUCCAUGUUAUCGGAUCSUAAAGGAGUGUUCUCCCCUUGUCAUUCUGAAAUUAGACCUGACACCUACAAAACCAACUGCAUGUAUGACAGCUGUAACUGCGAGAAGAGUGAGGACUGCAUGUGUGCUGCCGUCUCCUCUUAUGUCCACGCUUGUGCUGCCGAGGGUAUCCAGCUCAGCGGCUGGAGAGACACUAUCUGCAAUAAAUUUGCCACUUGCCCCAGUCAAACAGUUUAUACCUACAACAUGACCAGCUGUGGACGCACCUGUCGCUCCCUGAGCAUGACAGACCAAUCUUGCCYGGUGGAGUUUGUUCCGGUGGACGGCUGUGGCUGCGCAGAGGGCACCUACAUGGACGAGGCUGCCAAGUGUGUUGCCCCCACCAACUGUCCCUGCUAUGACAAGGGCUCGGUGGUCCCUGCAGGAGAGACUAUCAGCAGAGACGGUGCCACCUGCACUUGCAGACAAGGGACACUGAGUUGCACUGGGGGAGCAAGACUAUUUAUAUGCACACUGCCUAUGGUUUUCUUCAACUGCUCAACUGCACCUCCAGGAGCUUCAGGUUCAGAGUGUCAGAAGAGCUGCAAAACUCUGGAUAUGACCUGUAUUAGCACAGAGUGCACAUCAGGUUGUAUGUGCCCCAACGGACUGMUGUCUGAUGGGAAUGGAGACUGCAUCAAGGAGGAACUUUGUCCUUGUUCUCACAAUGGAGCUACUUACCAAGCUGGAGAGACCCUUAAGGUUGACUGCAAUACAUGUACUUGCAAGGACAGACAAUGGCAGUGUACCACACAUCUUUGUGAUGGAGUUUGUGCAAUCUAUGGAGAGGGUCACUAUAUCACUUUUGAUGAGAAAAGGUUCAACUUUAAUGGAAACUGUGAAUACACUCUCAUUCAGGACUACUGUGGCAAUACUAAUGGCAGUGGCAGCUUCAGAGUUCUCACUGAGAACGUUCCUUGUGGAACUAAAGGCACCACCUGCUCCAAGACCAUCAAGCUCUUCCUGGGGACCAGUGAGCUCAUACUGGCAGAUGGGAACGCUCAAGUUGUCAGGAGUACUCCAGAAGAGCAGUUUCCUAAACAGAUCAGCCUUCUGGGGAAUUAUCUGGUCAUUGAAGUCAAAAGUGGUCUAAUCCUCAUGUGGGACAAGAAGACCAGUCUCUUUAUCAAGCUUAGCCCACAAUACCAGGGGCAAGUGUGUGGUCUGUGUGGAAACUAUGAUGGCAACGCAAACAAUGACUUCACCACUAGAGCCCAAGCGACUGUUGUUGAUCCGGUGGAAUUUGGAAACAGCUGGAAAGUUUCAUCAAGCUGRCCAAGUGUAUCCGCUGUAGUGCACCCAUGUGCCUCCAACCCGUACAGAGCGUCUUGGGCCCAGAAACAGUGCAGCAUCAUUAACAGUGAUGUCUUCGCAGCCUGCCAGAACCAGGUGGACCCCUCUCCUUACUACGAUGCUUGUGUGAGAGACUCAUGUGCUUGUGACAGUGGUGGAGACUGCGAGUGCUUCUGUACCGCAGUGGCAGCUUAUGCAAAGGCCUGCAAUGAAGCUGGAGCAUGCGUAGCCUGGAGAACCCCCUCGAAUUUGCCCACUGUUCUGUGAUUACUACAACCCUACUGGAGAAUGUGAGUGGCACUACAAGGCAUGUGGAGCUCAGUGUAUGAAGACCUGCAGAAACCCUUCCGGAGACUGUUCUAG